AAGUGACGUUAAAAAUACAGGAAAUUCAAGUUUCAGUUUGUUUAUAAGGUGUGAAUAAGUUCGACUUCAAUAGUUAUUCAUUGUUCUGGUUCUUUUUCAAGAAAAAGAAAAACUUCUUGAUCAUCACUUUCCACAUAUAAUAAUCAAGACAGCAAGCAUCAUGGACAUAGCCGGAGGUGCAGGGGGAACAAACGCUUCGCUUGAACUAAAAACACGUAGAGCCCAAUUUCAACCACAGACAUCAACAGUCGCUACGAGACGAAGGCAGGCGAUAUGCGUGAGAAGGGCGUGCAAAAAAUACGGUCCAAAAAAGAAUCCGAACGUCAUUUUGGACGGGCUAAACAUGACUGUGCCGAAGGGAUCGAUCUAUGGAUUGCUCGGCGCGAGCGGAUGUGGAAAGACGACGUUGCUUUCCUGCAUCGUCGGCAGACGACGGUUAAACUCCGGUGAAAUAUGGGUGCUGGGCGGUCGUCCUGGCUCCAAGGGAUCCGGAGUUCCGGGCCCUCGGGUAGGAUACAUGCCGCAGGAGCUAGCACUGUACGGCGAAUUCUCAAUACGGGAAACGUUCAUCUUCUUCGGCUGGUGCGCAGGCAUGACGACUCAGCAGGUUGACGAGAAGCUCGAAUUCCUGAUCAAGCUGCUCCAGCUACCGGGAGAAGAUCGUUUCGUAAAGAGCUUGUCGGGAGGCCAGCAGAGGCGAGUCUCGUUCGCAGCGGCGCUUCUUCCAGAUCCAGAGUUGCUGAUCCUGGACGAGCCGACGGUCGGUGUGGACCCGGUGCUGCGGCAGAGCAUCUGGGACCACCUGGUGCACAUAACUAAAGACGGGAACAGAACUGUGAUAAUAACUACUCACUAUAUAGAGGAGACGAGGCAGGCCAGCAUCAUCGGUUUAAUGAGGGGGGGGAAGUUCCUCGCCGAAGAAUCGCCCACCAGACUAAUGGCCAUGCACAGGCUCGACACCCUCGAGGAGGUUUUCCUCAAGUUAAGCCGCAGGCAGAACAUGGGACUGAGAAGAAGGAGCAGCAUCCUCAGUAGCGUCAUCGGCGUUCCUCCUGAAGUGAACAUAGACGACGAGAUGAGCGGAGAGUUUGGUGACAAUGUUAGUAUAUCGAGUCGACGAAGAAGCAUUGCGAUAACCCCAACCGACGACGAAAUAGUUCCCGAUCUGCCACCCGAGGAAAAGGGGUCGAAGUCGUCAUUCAAGAUGCUGGAUCCUUGCCAUAUGAAAGCUCUGAUAUGGAAGAACUUUCUAUGGAUGUGGCGAAAUUUCGGCGUAAUGGCGUUCGUAAUUGGAUUGCCAGUAGUGCAAAUAAUUCUGUUUUGCUUAUCGAUCGGAAGAGAUCCGGUCGGACUUAAACUCGCUGUGGUAAACAACGAGCUGAACAAUUCACUGGAUCCUUGCACGGUUUACGCUGGAUGUGACAGGACGUUACUAAGCUGUCGGUACAUGGAGCAUUUAAAAGAGAGAAAAGUCGAUCUUGUUCCGUACAAAACCGACGAGGAUGCAAAAUAUGCGGUAAAGAAGGGAUGGGCAUGGGCUGUCUUAAACUUCCCUUCAAAUUACUCCAAGUCUCUUGUCGAUCGGAUGGACAAUGGCAGAGAUGCCGACGAAUGGAGCAUCCAGUAUUCGGACGUCGAUGUCACGAUGGACAUGUCGAAUCAGCAAAUCGGGCAGCUACUUCAAAGGGAUCUGCUGUACGCUUUUAUGGACUUCGCUAAAAAUGUUUCGCGCGAUUGCGACUACAGCGAAAAAGCUACCAGCAUUCCGAUGGAUUUCCGUACGCCGAUUUAUGGACCCAAGGAACCCAACUUCACGGACUUUGCCGCACCCGGAAUUAUAUUGACGAUCAUUUUCUUCCUUUCCGUUGCUUUGACGUCCGGAGCGCUGCUACUUGAAAGGAACGAAGGUUUAAUGGAAAGAAGUUUAGUUUCCGGUAUCAGCGGUACGGAGAUUUUGUUCGGCCAGGUGGUGACCCAGUUCGUUGUUAUGUGCGGUCAAACAUUGAUGGUCCUAGUCUUUUCGUUUGCGGUAUUCAAGCUGACAUGUCAUGGCAGCAUCGCUUGGGUGACGGCUCUGACGGUGUUGACGGGUCUCUGUGGAAUGUGUUUCGGUUUCGUGGUUGCCUGCGCCUGCGACAACGAACGAAGCGCAACUUACAUGGCGAUGGGUUCUUUUCUGCCAAUCGUCAUGCUCUGUGGAAUCAUUUGGCCAGUCGAGGGGAUGAAUCCUGUCCUUAGAUACAUCAGCUUUAUCCUGCCGUUGACGAAGAGCACAGAGUCGAUCAGGGCGAUGCUCGGUAAAGGAUGGUCCAUAUCCCAGCCAGCCGUUUACGACGGUUUCAUCGCCACUUUCCUGUGGAUAAUAAUAUUCCUCACGUUAUCGAUAUUGCUGAUUAAAUUCAAGAAGGGUUAAUUGUAUAGAUAAAUCAAUUGCGAUCCUCCUCAUCGCACCCCACCCUCAUUGUACUUUGUUUAAAGCUAGUGCUAGACGAUAAAUAAUCGUCUCAUCUACGAGCGUCGAAAAGAUUAAAACGUUUAUUUGAAUCAUGCAAAUUGUUAUCUCUAUUUCUAUCUUCUCUUUUUACAUCAACUUCGAUUUGCUAUUAUUUAAUUUUUCUUCGCGGCAGCAUAUAUCGGCUAUGCGAUUUAAAAGAUAUUUUCGAUAAAUCGAUUAUUGUAUAAAUUAUGUGAUUUACUAAUAUAGCUGGUUAAUUAUUUAUAGGAUAUCACAUGUGUACAGUUGAUUCAAUAAGUUUUAUAUAUACGUAUAUUCAUUUUUGUUUGAUAUGUAGAAAAGAAAGUAUUCAGCGCAUCUAUAUAUACGUGACGAUGUUGUUCCAACAUGUGCGAAUAAUAUAGUUAUAUGUAAUUCAACAAAAAAAAAAAAAAACUGUAUAUUGUAACGCAAUUAAAUAGAUACUAUUAUACUACACGUAUUACAUGUACUAGUGAGCUAUAUCGGCUCCUGGAAUCGAGCUUAUAUUCUGUAUAAUAUAACCAUGUGCAAUGAAGAAUGCAUUUAAUUAUAUAAUCAUAAUAAUGGGUUUGAAAGUAAGUAUCUGAGAUACUACUAUAAUCCGUUGUAUAAAUUUUUUUCAAACAAUGACUUCUAUGAUUGUAUCAUUACUUGUUAAAUGUGACUUUCUUUUAGUUCAAUUCAAUAGUUUUUGUAGCCUAAGACUUUCAAUUUGUAAGUAGAAAUAUGUAAAUUAAUAUGUAUAUUUUAUAAUUAGGCAAUAUUGUACCGUUGAGGCGAAUAAACUGUCAUUUAAAUAUUA